GUCUCAGUAUUUCUGUCCUGUGAACGCAGAGAGAAGAGAAACUACAAUGGCGAGAACCAAGCAGACGGCCCGUAAAUCCACCGGAGGAAAAGCUCCCAGGAAGCAGCUGGCCACCAAGGCCGCCCGGAAGAGCGCCCCGGCCACCGGCGGAGUGAAGAAGCCCCACAGGUACCGGCCCGGUACCGUGGCUCUGAGAGAGAUCCGCCGCUACCAGAAGUCCACCGAGCUGCUGAUCCGCAAGCUGCCCUUCCAGCGCCUGGUCCGGGAGAUCGCCCAGGACUUCAAGACCGACCUGCGCUUCCAGAGCUCCGCCGUCAUGGCCCUGCAGGAGUCCAGCGAGGCUUACCUGGUCGGCCUGUUCGAGGACACCAACCUGUGCGCCAUCCACGCCAAGAGGGUCACCAUCAUGCCCAAAGACAUCCAGCUGGCCCGCCGCAUCCGCGGGGAGCGAGCUUAGACUGACCCCGGAUCAGUUUAACACCACAACGGCUCUUUUUAGAGCCACACACUCGAUCUGAGAGCAACAAGUCCUCACUAACACUGAAACACACAAUCAUGGUAUAACACAACGACACAAAGGGUCACAAUCACAGUGUGGAACACAAACAGGUGUCACAAUCACAGCACACUGAGAACAGACUCCAUGUUGUAUCCAAACGAUUAGACUUGAUGUAUUCAAAAUAUAUUAAGGAUCAUAAUAACAUGAGCCUCUUCUAAUGAACACAGCUUAUAAAACGAAGA